UAUGAGUAGCUAAGUCUAUAAGCUAAUUAAAAUGUUAGUUUAUUCGUUGAAUAAUAUUUAUUGAUUGUUUUAUUGUUUAAUUUUCACCGCCAAAUCUCUACUUGAAGAUAUAAGUCACUAUUGCUCACCAGAGGCAUGAGGUCUUCAUUGAAUUGUAAACAAACAUUAUCCACCAUAUGAUAUGUAACAUUUCUUUUGGUGCUUCUCUUAAUUAUCAAUGUUAUUUUUUAAUUGGUAAACAUAAGAUCUGUGAUUACUAGAUAUGGAAGAAGUAGAUUCUAUAAUCAUUCAUCAACUUAAACAAAUACAUAGUGAUUUCAAUGAAGAAUACACCUCUCUCCGGCAACUUGAUUACAACACCAUUAUGAAGUGUUUGAUUGAAUGCAUUUCUCUGGUGGAUAAAAAUCUUGUCAGUGGUCUCAAUGUUGCUCCACAGUCUAAUAUGGCUUCCAAAUACAAACUAUGUACCUCAUUAGCUGAAAUUUGCGUUGAACUUGGUUUCAAAGGAGAUCUUGGUUAUCAAACAUUCCUUUAUUGCAAUGACAGUGAUUUACGGAGAUUGUUUCUUUUUUUACUGGAAAAAAUACCUAAAGAUGAUUCUCAAGACAUGACAACUAUUAACAUUACCGGUGAUACUAUUUAUGAAAAGAUUUGUAAAAAACCUAUUAGCACAGUCUGGCUGCCUCCCGUGAUUCCCUCAAAAAGUCAAGCUUCAACCAAGCUCGUAUGGAAAACUCAGCCUAUCAAUGGUAUUCUAAACGCAUCUAGUAUUUCUGGUAAUAGAAUUGCUCCUGAUAAAAGAAAUUAUUAUGAUAACUAUGCAAAGAUUCCCUUACACGAUGUUGCCUCGCUGUUAGAAUGGAAUUCAGCAUCUUUAGAUACAACAUAUACUCGUUUAACCAGUUCCAAGAAAAGGAUGAUAGAGAAUGUUGAAUUUGUUGGACAAAAAAUUGUGACAACUAAUAAUUUAACAAGAGAGACAUCGGACGACAAUUUUGUCGUGUCAUCUGAGGUUCAAGCUAAUGAUGAAGGGGAUGAUGAUGAAGCAAAAGAAUUGGAAUUGAAAGAGAUAAUGGAAAAGGAAAUCUCCUCAUUAGAAGAAGCAAUUGAAGAGACUAAACAGAGAUUAUCUGAAUGCGAGCAAAUUUUCCAUCAACAAAAUCAAUCAAUGAAAGAAGCCAAGGAAUCACUCAAAAUUGAAACAGACAAAUUAAUUAGCAUGAAAACAAGUGAUAGAACAAUGACUAAUUUAGCCAAUGAUGUUGAACACGUUAAGGCGGAACUUAGCUCAUUUCAAGAUCAAUGGAAAACCAUUAGCGGUAAAUUGGUGGACAAAAUCAAUGCAAUUAAAGAAGAUAAAUUACUAGCCAGUCAAAAUAGAAAUUUUAUGGUCCAAGAAAUUCAUAAAAUGAAAAAAGAAAGUCGAGUUAAGCUGAAAGAAUUGAAUGAAAAGGAUGGAUUGAUAAAGCAAUUGCGAGACAAGAGCAAGAAACCUCUUCCUCCCAAUCGUGCAUCAUAUACUCAAAGAAUCAUGGAGCUUGUCAAUAAUGUGAAAAAGCAAAAUGAAGAAACCAAAAAAAUUCUUCUUGAAACUAGACAAUUGCAGAAAGAUAUCAAUAUAGUCACUGGAAAAGUUCAAAGGGCGUACACAAUCACUGAUGAAACAGUUUUCAGAGAUGCUAAAAAUUCAGAUUGGAACCGUAAAUGUUAUAAACUUCUUGCUACUAUGCACAAGAAUUAUGAUGCUCUUUUGGAUUGUGUUAAUGCAAUCGGAACAAUUCGUAGAGAGACUUUGCAAUUAGAGGAAACGAUUGAAAAUGAGAAACAUAAUGAAUCAAUAGUCAACUUGGAUCGCAUUCAGCAAGAUCUAAAGCAAUUGCAAACAGAGAAUCAUCUAAUAAUGAACCAGAAUGGAACCAAUGGUCAGCUUAAUUAACUUCCUGAUUGGACUUUAGCUAAUUAAAUUAUC